CAGGAGAUAAAAUAGUUUUAAGUUCAUCAUCGUAUGAGGCUCAUCAAGCUGAACUUGUUCAUCUUAGAGAUAUAUAUGGAACUAUUGUUCGGAUAUGGGGCAAGCUAAACUAUUGGCAUUCUGGUACAAUACACUCAAUUGGAGAUACCUGGAAAAUCCCACUGAUGGCAGAGGUUGGCUUGUUGUCUCGCAAUGUCCAGAUUGAUACCGACACACCCUGUUCGGGUAGAAUUAUGGUUGGCCAAUAUACAAAUGUUCUUGGGGAAGAAUACUUGGGGUCUCUUGAACUUUCAAACACUGAAAUUUCUAAUUUUGGAUCCUCAUUGUUCCCAUCAAUAAACUUUAAUAACACAUCACAAAGUUCUUUGAUUUCUUCUUCAAGCAUUCACCACAGCUGUGGAGGGGGUAUAAGAGCUACCAACAGCACAAACAUUUUGCUACAUGCCAAUGUAUUUUAUGACAGCUUUGGACAUGGGAUUCACCUUGAUGGUGGGAGCCAUAUUCUUACUGAUAACCUUCUCAUCUUAAUGAAGCAACCUGAAACCCAAGCGGAAUGGGUAACCGGUGUGAAGAUCAAUCCAUCAAGCCACGUUUUCUUGUCUGGUAAUUCAGUGGCAGGAUCUGAACGUAUUGCAUUUCACAUACAAGGCCAAAGGUGUCAUUUUGGAGAAAAGUCUUGGCUGGACAAUGUGGCUCAUUCAAGCCUUCAUGGAAUUCAUAUCUACUGGGAGGACGGCCUUAAGAAUUGUACAAAAAUAUCUGGAUUCUUGUCCUAUAAGAACUAUGAUUAUGGCCUUUUCUUUCAUGUGGAAGGCAGUGCUGUGGUGGACAGUAUAGCGCUUGUAGACAACAGAGUUGGCCUUUUACCAAUUGUUUCCCAAGUAUCUGUGUAUCCUUCCUUAAAGCAAUACAUCUCAAUCAAAAACUCUGUCAUAGUUGCGACAAGCCCAGCAUUUGACUGCCUACGGGACAGAAUUAACCCAAUUUCUGCCAAUGUCACACUAAGGGACCGAGCCCCAUCUUCACCUUACAAAGGGAGAGUGGGCAUUCAUUGGCCCAUGUUUACCUCAAGACCUAGGCAUUGGCCAGAGUACCCAUGGCACAUGCUAGCAGUUGAUGGAGCCAUCUCUGGUAUAAUGAAAUUGCAAGAUGUUACAUUUUCUGGAUUUAAGAAAAGCUGCUACAGUGAUGAUAUUGACACUUGCAUUAUGUCUAAUCCUGGAAACAUGGCCAUAACCUGCCCAAUCACAGCCAAGAGGAUUAAGAUGUCUGACAUAAGACCUGACUACAUCUUCUACUUCCAUCCGCCUGACAGAACCACAGGUUGCCCGUUAUCCACUGAAUGUUCUGGUGCACAAGUCGCCCUAUUCAAAGAUCUGGAUGGCAGUUUUCUGGGUCUUGGCCCUCCAACCUCAGUCUUCUCCAAGUCAGAACUUGAUGCUGUAUAUCCCUGUUACAAUGUCGGGAUUUACAAGAAGGAUGAAUCUUUGCUCCUACAAAUCUGAAUCUCAUGCUAACAUAUGUCAACAGAUUGACCACACAGUCGUCAUCCUCGAAGUCAUCGCAAAUGUCAUUAAACCCGUCUCACCA